AUGAAAAUGACUGAUGAUUUUGUAAUGACCAUCGAUGACGAUGAUAACAUUGUUACCGAAGAAAUUAUGGAAGAUAUUUCUGAACCAGAACAAGAGCCUGUCGAGAAAAAGACUUUAAAAAAAUCAAAAAAGCAGACCAAGAAAGAACAAAAGAAAAAAGCCAUGAAUGACAGUCAAAAGAAUGCAAAAGGAAAUAAUGAGGAAGCGGAUGAUUUCGAUAACAAUUUUACAUUCUCUUUAGAUGGUGGUGGAAAAAUGAAUCAAAAUGCUUGGGACUUUACCGCUGCUCGUGAUAUGUUGAAAAAGCAACAGGGAGAUAUUCCAAGAACCUCAAUUGAUGAUAUUAUUGCAAAGAAAAGAAAAGAAGUAAAAGAAAAGAAAGCCAAGGCUAAGAAGACAACCGAAAGUUUAGAUAAAGAGAAAGAAGAAGAUGAAAAUAAAGAAAAUGAGGAUGAUUAUGUGGGUGCAAGCGAUGAUGAUGAGUUGGCAUUGGAUGGCUUUGGUGGAGGCGCUAAAAAUGUAGAAAGUGAAGAAAGUGAAGAAGAAGAAGAAGAAGUGAAUGAAGAAGAAAAAGAAGAAGAUGUUGAAAGUGAAAGUGAAAGCGAAAGCGAAAGCGAAAGCGAAAGCGAAAGUGAAGAAGAUGAAUCUGAAGAUAUUGACGAAGAUAGUAAUGAUGAUGAGGUUGAAGAUGAAGCUGAAAUUCAACGUAAGAAGGAAUAUUUUGCAGACGAAUCAGAAAUUUCAGUUAAAGAGCAUGAAGCUUUUACUUCUAUGAAUCUUUCUCGUCCUAUUCUUAAAGGUUUGUCUAGUGUCGGUUUCGUAAAGCCUACAGAUAUUCAAUCUCGUACUAUUCCUGUCGCAUUAAUGGGCAAAGAUAUUUGUGGUGGCGCAGUGACAGGUUCAGGUAAAACCGCCGCAUUUGUUAUACCCAUCUUGGAACGUCUUUUGUAUAGACCAAGACAAACACCUACUACACGUGUCUUGAUCCUUUGUCCUACUCGUGAAUUGGCCGCACAGGUUCACAGUGUUGCUGUCAAGUUGGCCAAUUAUACAGAUAUUACCUUUUGUCUUUGUGUUGGUGGUUUAAGUCUCAAGACUCAAGAACAAGAACUUAAAUUAAAACCUGAUAUCGUUGUAGCUACACCUGGUCGUUUAAUUGAUCAUGUUCGUAACUCCUCAGGUUUCCAUCUUGAUAAUUGUGAAAUCUUAGUGAUGGAUGAAGCAGAUCGUAUGCUUGAAGAUGGUUUUGCUGACGAAUUGGAUGAAAUCGUCAAAUCUUGCCCUCGUUCUCGUCAAACUAUGCUUUUCUCGGCUACUAUGACAGAUAAUGUAGAUCAAUUAGUUCGUAUGUCAUUGAAUAAUCCAGUACGUUUAUUUGUUGAUCGCAGUAACCAAGCAGCAUCUCGUCUUAUUCAAGAAUUUGUACGUAUUCGUCAAGCACGUGAGGCAGAUCGUUCUGCUAUCCUUAUGGCAUUAUGUCGCAAGACAUUUAAAAAGAAAGUGAUCAUCUUCUUUAGAUCUAAAGCAGCUGCACAUCAAAUGAAGAUUUUAUUUGGUUUAAUGGGCUUAUCAGCUGCUGAACUUCAUGGUAACUUAUCACAAGAACAACGUCUUGAAGCCCUUGAACGUUUCAGAGAUGGUGAAGUUGAUUAUUUGUUGGCUACCGAUUUAGCUGCAAGAGGUCUUGAUAUUAAGGGUAUUGAAACAGUUAUUAACUACAAUAUGCCUACACAAUUCGCCCAAUACCUUCAUCGUGUGGGUCGUACUGCAAGAGCAGGACGCAAUGGUCGUUCAGUUACCUUAGUAGGUGAAGCAGAUCGUAAGAUGUUAAAGAUGGCUAUCAAAUCCUCUGUAAGCUCUCAAGUAAAGAAUCGUGUGGUGAACCAUGAGUUGGUUUUACGUUAUAAGAAGAAGAUCGAAAGCUUAGGUCCUCAAAUUAAAGAAGUUUUAGCUGAAGAAAAGCAAGAACGUGCAAUUAGAAAUACUGAAAUGAGAUUAAAAAAGACUGAAAACAUGAUUCUUCAUAGUAAUGAAAUCUAUUCUAGACCUGCUCGAACUUGGUUCCAAACAAAAGCUGAAAAACAAAAAGCUGAAAAACAAAAGGCUAACAAAGAAAGUAAUAACAAGCCAGUAGCAGAAAAGGCAACUAAAAAGAAACAGGAUAAAUAUGAAGGUAUGAGUCGUCGUAAGAGAAGACGUUUACAAAUGAUAGAAGAAGAAGAAAGAGAAAGAGCCGAAGCUCGACAAAAGAAGAACUAA